CCUGCGAUUCGCUUGAUUGAGCGCAUGCGCAGUGCUGCCUGUCUGACCUUCACUACCGUGAACAUGUUGGCCAGGACCAGCGCCUUGGUGUUCUCUCCACAAUGUGGGCAAAUCAGGAACAUGGCCACCUUGAAGGACAUCACCAUCCGGCUGAAGUCCAUCAAGAACAUCCAGAAAAUCACCAAGUCCAUGAAAAUGGUGGCCGCUGCCAAGUACGCUCGGGCUGAGCGGCAGCUGAAGGCCGCCCGCCACGAUGCCGCGCCGGCUCGCGAACGCCACCAAAAUGUUUUUGCGCUCUCUUGCGUCAGAACUCACGGCAAGCACAUCAUGCUGAACUGCAAGGAGGUGGGCCGCAAGCCCCCCACUUUUGGGGACGCCUCCCUCAUCGCCAGUGAGCUGCUCAACUCCGGCUACGAGUUUGACCAGGGAGCCGUCAUCUACAACCAUUUCAGAUCCGUCAUCUCCUACAAGACGGACCGGAAGUCCCUCUUUUCCAACGACGUGGUCGCAAACGCGGAGACCAUGGCCGUGUACGAUGACAUCGACGCCGACGUGCUGAGGAGCUACCAGGAGUUCGCCAUGGUCAACGUCAUCUACCUGGCGCUGCGUGAGUCGUCCACCAGCGAGCAGAGCGCCAGGAUGACCGCCAUGGACAGCGCCAGCAAGAACGCUUCCGAGAUGAUUGACAAGCUCACCCUAACCUUCAACCGCACCCGACAGGCCGUCAUCACCAAGGAGCUCAUUGAGAUCAUCUCCGGAGCCGCCGCUCUGUAAGCGGCGAAGCGAGACGAGACAGAUGUUGACACAGAGGAGUCUAGUGACGUUUAUGCUUGUGUUUGUAAAAUAUACUGAGAGAAUAAAGAUCUUACACCCUCUG